AAAUAGACACUGGUGUGUGGAACCACUGUUGUAACACUUUCAUUUCUUUCUUUUGAAUCGGCUCCUUAUAGAGGAUAAGUAACAUUUAGUUUCCGAAACUCUGCAACACUUGAUUAAAAACAGUGCAAGUUCCGAGUCGAUAGUAUUCCCGCUGAGUUGGAGUAGAUCAUGAAUCCCACUUCCUUCAUAUCUAGUGACAUAUCAGGAGCAAGAUUAGAAUAAACUCUCUAUUAUCCCGGAUCUGAUCCGAUCUGAUCUGCUCAAGCUGAAGUGGGAGAUAGCUCACAGCAUGCAGACAAGCCACAUGAAAUCUAAACACACAGUUGAAAUUACAUCUGCAUUUGCCAUUUCUUCAGGAAUCCGCCUGUAUAGCCACCAAGAAGGGUCUAUAUUUAGAGACAGUGGUUAUAGUGAGGCUGGCUCCAGCUGUAGAACUGUAGGCAGUAGUACAGAGACAUCUACAGGGACACACUUUACCCAGAAUCGUGUUUUGACACUCCAACACUGUGAUGUGAACAUGUGCAGUGUCGAAGAUGUGUUGUGACUGCUGUUUCCAGGAUGGCUCCACAACAGCACUGACAACAGCGCCGACAACACCCCCAACCUCCGUCUGACCAGGCUCACCUGUGAAGCUCUGAUUGUCAGAGAAGGUGGAACAAGAUUUGCCGUUUUUUGAGCUUGUUAAUCAAGGCGCCGAUACUAAAAGGAGGAUCAAAGCAGCAUGGUGAUUACCGGGCGGCCUCGGGCUCACUCCGCUUCCUCUAUAAAGUUCAAUUUAGUUUCUCCUCACAGUAAACUCGACCGUGGUACGGCACACAGCACACCGGAGCUCAGAUCUAUGCUCAUUGAACUGGAGACUACAGUCCCACAGAACCUUGUCCCUCCCAACUUCUCCAACUGUCACCGGCCCCGCCCGGCCAGGAGGAAGAAGCGGAGACAAAGGGACGUUGAAACGGGGCGGUGCUGUUGCUGUGGGUGUUGUCACUGUUGUCGAUGUUGUCGUAUUCACAUUUUGUUGGUCAUUCUUCAGGUGUUGAUUGGCUCUGGGAUAACAGCCUUAUCAUUCUACCUGGAGUUUUAUCUACCUGUAAUAAGAGCUAGAGAGAGGCCAUAUUGGGCAGGCAUUCCGCUGUGCAUUGCAGGAGUGUCGGGUAUAUACUACUGUGCCACAAACUUCACAUCAUUCUCAGGGACGAGGAAAGCAUUUGUCACUAAGGCCGUGUGUCUCUUCUUCUCCGUGAUCGCCAUCUUCCUCUGCAUCAUCGCCACCACCUUCCCUGUCAUCCACCUCAGCCGCAUAUUCACAUUCGCCACAUGUCGCCUCUCCGACAACAACUGCCUGUGUUCCAUGACGGCUGACUUUGAGUCCCGUGUGUUUGAGUAUUUUGAAGUGGCAGACUGCCGUGUUGUCCAGGAGGAAGUGAGACUGUACCUCCUCAUCAUGGGCGGAUUGUGUUUGUUAGGAUUCAUCAUCUCGCUCUGGUUCGUCAUACUUGUCUGGCAGGCUCGGUAUGGCAAGUUUUAUUCAGGACUUCGUCGGCAACAAUCUUUAAAGAACUAUUUGAGGUGAUGUGAUGGAAUCUAUGGAGUGAAUGACAUGCUGACACUUAUCCUUGUUAAGGGCAUGGCUAGUUUAAGACUAGACCCUGAUCAUGGAUAAGUAAUAAUAAUCUACUGUAUGUUGGUUUGCCUGGAUUUUACUACUUGAGGUGAUGUGAUUGCUCUGGUAUGAAUGAUAUUUGUAGUGAAAUAGAUGUUUAUUCAUGUUUAGGGCUGCACAAUGUUGAAAAUAUACCCUUAACAUGAAUAUGUAGCAAUUUGUUAUGACUGAUGUACAUGUUGAGUUGGUUGAGAAAUCAUUGAAAGGUUUCAGUCAUUUACAUACAUGUACUUGAGUUAAACACCUUCACAUUUUCAACAUGAAAUAAUCAGAUUUUAAGCAUAAAGACCUAUACAACAAGAGAUAUUAAGACACAGUGUUAUGACAGAAAUAGGCCAAGCUUAAUCAAGAUUGAUACUCUAUCAUUAAUAUCUUAUUAAUUGGAUUACCGGUAAGUUGUUUGUUUCAUGAAGAACUUGUUUAUCUGUCUGCCAGACUCACCUACAUUUCACUUUGUAAUGGAGGAGGAUAUUGGAUGUACGACUUAUAUUUGACCUUACAGGGUGGUAUAUAGAACACAUCGAAAUGUGAUGCUUAAGAAAUAUUUUCCAUAGCACAUGGUUCACCAGCAAGUCUGUGUUGCAGCAGAGAAUAAUACCGGUAUAGGGUCUGUAGUCUAGCAGAUGACAGUGGUGCUGUUAGAGUAGAUACAUCCUGCUUGUACAAUACGGACACAUGCCAAGGAGAGUUAUCUCCCAUGACAAAGCCACGGACGAAGAUGCCGGUAAUCAACUGAUGUGAGGCAGCAUGAUAUUGACGUGUGUGAAUCUGAUUUGGGGGGAAGGUAAUGACAAAUUGGACAUUUUAGAAUACAAUAUAAAGUGCUUUUUCAUUUUGUCUUUUCACAAAGAAACACUGUACAGGGGCAUAGGGAGGGUAAUUGUGACAAGCAUUUUUAAUGGCGAUUUAGUAUUUCUUUGGAGUUUUGUUUGAUAGAAUAUUUCAAUAUAUUAAUUCAAAACAGAACAUGUAGCAUGUCCAGUGUUGUUGGGGAGGUUGGGUAGCCCAGUGGUUAGAGUGUAUUGUUCAUCACACCAUUGACACAGAUUCGAUUCCCUACAUGGGUACAAUGUGGGAAGCCCAUUUCUGGUGUCCCCGGACGUGAUAUUGCUGGAAUAUUAAUGAAAGUGGUGUAAAACUAAAGUCACUCACUCACUCAAACUACUAUCAUGCACAGGUUAUUUUAAAAAAAAUAUAAAGUGCCAAGUGAUUGCACAGUAUGACUGCUGGGGCCUGAUGGUCACUCACAGUUGGGGGAAGGAUCAGGAUUCAGCACUGGGUUUGGUUGGGUCUGUCAGAGAGACUGACACUACGUUGAUUAUCAAACACAGAUCUUUAGUCGUCUAGAAAGCACUGUCAGUGUCUGCAAAUGAUAUACAUUCGUUCAUCUCAACUCAGCCAUACCAGGACUUACAACUUACAAACUGAUUUCUAUGAUGUUCACUAACAACUAUCUGUUACAUCAUGCUCACAGAUGACAUUUUACUGACAACUACUUAUAUGUGUUACUACACUACAUAUGGAGAUCACAUUUUUCUUAAUCUACAUAUUGCAGAUCAGUGCCUUUUUAACUUAGCAGUCAGUAUUCACAGUUAAGAUUACAUAUAGAGGUCACAAACUUCAUUACUAAUAUUUUUAACUUGUAUGAUACAUUUUGUUGUACACAAUUCACAAUUUGACAAAUGAUGAACACUGUUUCACGAUUCAGCACCUAUUCGCCAGUGUCACCAAUAUGACCAGUUCCUUUUUGUUGCCAAGUUACUCUCAGGUAUUGCAAGCUGCUGGAACCUUGAAUACUGUAUUGCUAUGACAACCAAUGUCAUGACGUAGGAAGGGAAUUUUGUUUUUAAAUCCUCUGUAAGUUUGUGGUUUUUUUUUAUAUUUCUCUUUUGUAAACUUUUUUUUCAGUUAAUGUAAACAAAUAAUUAUCAUUGAUAGAUAUGCACCAGAAAAACUGUCCAUUAGAAAAACGAUUGCUCUUGGCGAGAUGAAAGUGCAAUGAUAGAAAUUGUAUUUGUGUACAGGAACUUGCUGCUGCGUUACAACUGUCAUUACUGAGACUACUCACACUACAAGCCGAUAUGGUGCGAGGCAGGAGACAGUUCAUUGAUCUUAUUACUGCUGCAGGGUCAUGAGUUGAGGUAUUUACUGUGUAAAGCUUGUAAGAGAUUUUGUAUGUUUAUGUAGCAUUAUUUAUGAUGUGUUUUAUGUUUGCAUAUGUUCAGUUUGCAGGGCGAGAGUUGUCUCCCUUUGUGACUGGUUCUCAUUCUAGCGGUUGUGAUUACAUGGAAGUUGAGUCUGUGUCCUGUGUUCAGUUGAUGUGUGGUAUCCAGCUUGUUGGAUGACCAUCAUGUUCUUAUACAGAUGUCUGACUGGUCUGUUUUUGUGAGAUUGUUAAGCAUGAAAAAAGCUUAGAUAAAAAACAUGUGCAUUAACUGCUACUUGAUAAAUUUUGAAUGUAAGUUUUGAAUGAGUUAGUUUUAAUUGCUUGUUAUUUAACUGUCCCUCUGCUGUCAGGAAUAUUUCAGUUAUAUCGUGGCAGUAAGUUUAAACAGGACACAAUGAACCAGUGGUUGAUGUUAUGAGUUAUAUCCAACAUCAGGGCGUUGGGGUAGCCUAGUGGUUAAAGCGUUCACUCGUCACACUGAAGAUCCUGGUUCGAUUCACCACAUGGGCACAAUGUGUGAAGCCCAUUUCUGGUGUCCCCCGUCGUGAAAUUGCUGGAAUAAUGCUAGAAGCGGUGUAAAAGUAAACUCACUCACUCACCCAAUGUCCAGCAUCAGGAUGUGAUGCCACCAACAGGGAGGACCCACAAGGAGAUGUUCGCUCUGGCCUUAGUCUUGGUCACAACAUGUUGCCAUGCCGACGGUUGUGUCCUGAUUGAUUAGUUUCCAGAAUCAACCAUGAAAACAGACCAGUCAGCAAAAACAAUAAUGUAUAGCUACAUAUUGCUGAUUUUUAUUUUUCAUUGAAAACAUUGUGCUGUUUGGCUGUUACCUGGAGGAAAUAUUGAAUAGAACCCAGAAGUGUGAUACGAUCUAACACUGUGACCACUGGGCCGUUAGUUGUCACAUGAUGAAUGUACGAUACAUUUACACACUUAAUGCUACAAGCAUCCUUAGAGAAACUUAUGUUCAAGUCACUGAAAAAUGGCAAUUAUUUAUUGAGGCCUGAUUUGAGUACUGCCUGUGUUGUUCGUGAGCAGAUCAUGGCUCCAGGUUCUGUGAGGCCUCUGUAGGAUGUAGGAUUGCAGAGUUGCACAUUAAAUUAUACCAUCUGA